AUGCAGGGCUUCAUUAGCCCUGUCUCCAAUGCCAAUGGCUUAGUCACUAGAGGUUGUCUGUCCUCCGAACCAACCCAAUCUGGUAACUGCGACUCCUGUUCCAUGACCUACGAAGCCAUCCAGCAAAAUAACAUAAACUACCUACACCAUCGAUCAUCAGCUAACCCGAAAAGGACAGAAAAAACAAUCAAGCGUUCCUACCCUGCACAGCCUGUGCAGACGAUAAUAUCCACCGCCUACCUGCAGGAGCAGCAUACUCGAGGCCAGAAGCAGCAUUCUAACCUGUCCCACACUUACCCCCAUCAACUACGGGCGACUAGUACCGUGAACCCAGUCACAUCGGGUGCGCUCAACUUGACUUGUUCCAAGCCCGAUAAGUCCGGAAAAUUCUCUGGACUUUCCAACAAGUUUCGAGCCAGCCUUUGCCCUCACUCACAGACUUCCCAGUCUCCAUCAGGUUUUUUACUUGCAACAUCUUCAAAUGAAGCAAGUUCUUGCCCUGCAACUUCAUUUUCAGAGCCUCGAAUACCCUUAAGGCAGAAUUAUACCUGCACAGAAAAGCAAGAUUGGUCUCUCAAGGCCCUACCUCAGAUGGCGCACAAAAGUUAUCUGCCCGUAGAGAAGAGUAAGAAUCCAAUUUUAAAGCCUGCCGUUGAGUCCAGGCAACAGGGGCCCUUGAGGCAAUUGCGAGCUCACAAAGAGGCAGGGCCGAGGCAGUCGGCUGACAUGAAUUGGCUUAACCACAACGAUCGUUGUUUCGCGGUGCUUUCACCAAAUAGUCUCCAAUGUCAGUCACAAAUGGGACUGUAUCAAGCCGAUAAAAACAGUGAGUCCGAGCGGCCCAGAGAAAAUGAGUACCUGCUAUCCGGGACACGGACUAAGGUACGGGGAGCAAAGCGAUUGCCAACACCACCUCCGACGGCACCCAAGCCGAAGAAUCGUUUACGAAGCGGGUGA